GAACAGCUUAGAAAAUGUAAGGUGUUUUUACAUAAAUUUUGGCAAAUUCUCGGAUUGUCCUAUCGAGAUGUCUUUUUCAGAACCCUCUGUAUAUUACGAAAUGUCAGCUAUUGAGUUAGUUGAAAGAAUUUUUGAAUUUGAAGAUUUGACCUGGAAAAAUAAUAUUUUGGAAAUGCCACCAAAGGAAAUACUAUUAUCAAGUUUAUCUAUUUGCAAGGAUGAAAAACGUGAUGCAUUUGAAUUUAAUAAAUUAAAUCAGUCGAUUGGACGACCAAACAAUAUCAAAUUUGCAGUUGGAAUGAUCGUAAAACAUAAUAAAAAUGAAAGUCAUGAAUCUACAAACGGUAUUCGUGGUGUAAUAGUAGGUUGGCACAAAAAUAAAUUUGGCCUUAAAAAAAUAUUCACCAGCAAGAGUUACGAAUACAGAUACAAAAUAUUGUUCUACUGCUAUCUUAGGCCUUUCAAUACUUACUCGUAUUAUGCUUUUUUGGAAGCAUCCACAUAUGAACAACCACAUUACAUAAUACUGACUGAAAAGAACACACUUUGUUUCAUAAAUGAAGACGCUCUGACUUUAACAACUGGAUGGGUCGAAAAUUACGAAAUAGGUCAUUAUUUUUGUAAAUUCGAAGACACGCAUUACGUACCAAAUAAAAUGAUGGCAGAACUUUAUCCGCACGAUGCCGCUAUAAUUGAGGAGAAAAACAAUAUCAAAUACGGUAUACAAAUGGCUAACUAUAAGCACAAACGCAGUAAUUAAGACACGUAUAUUUAAUUGUAAAUUAUACCCAUUGUUAAUGUAAGUAUUAUAAUGUAAGUAUUAUAAUGUUAGUAUUAUCAAAA